UUGGUUGUCAUGUCACAAUCAAUCAAUCCUCAUAAUCAUCGUCGUGGAGUUGGCGAUUUGGUCGUCUUCUUUCUUCAUUCAUCUCCACGGCCAAAGAGUUCAUUGUUAUAGAAUAGUACCGUAUAGCUAGCCAUUCCAUCACUGGUGGUUGGCUACGCCCUACCAGUGUUUUCUGGAGCGCUAGCUAGCGGAAAGCUCUGGUGAAUAGCAUAAAGAAUUCUUCUGUCUCGUAUUCUUCUUCUGUACAUAGAACGAUGGAGACUUCCUCUUCUACGGCUACUACUAAUGGCACCGCCCAUCGACCUCAUUUCUCGAUUGGCGUGGAUGAUGUAUACGUUCGACCCAUCCCGGGGAGUCUCGUCUCGUACAUGUGGCAUGCGGAACCAAAUUUGCUCUAUCGGACAGGUGUCAUGUGUUCCAACGAUGGACUCUUGAGGUUCUUGCAAUGUGGGACAUCAUCAGCACCACAAGAUGUGUUUGAAGGAAAGUUUCACAUCAACAAGACACUCUUUCAAAAGGCCAUGUUCCGACCAAGGAACGAUCUACAAGUUGGAAGUACAUGCUACGAUGAAGAAAAGGAUCGAUGGUGCAUUCUGAAGCGCAUUGACAUGGAAAUGGGAGGUGUGCAUGUCGUCUACAAAGGUCAAACCAACCAAGAACUCGUUUCGGCAGACUUUUUGCAUGGACUUGUUGUUGUUGUUUCACAGCCACCCACGGCACCACAGCCAUCGGCAAAGGCACUGGCCGUAUUGCAGCCACGACGACGACAACAACCAGCAGAACGACUCUCAGGGAGGAAGAGACCCAGUUUGAGACAAUUGCCAUGGGCUAGCAGUGUGGUUGCCAACACACAAAAGAGUGACAACCAACCGGACCAGCAGGAACUCCAGCAGAAUCAUGCCCUUCCUUCGGAACACAACGAUGCCCCGACACAUCAGCAGGGUGACAACCAAACAAAUCAAUCCAGCCGAGAACGAGACGCCGCCAAUACAGAAACUCUUGCCCCACAACAAAUGGCCACUGUGGCGGCGGCUCCUCCAACGCCACCACCACCAGUGGAUCGGCAGCAGAUACGGAGAGUUUCCUGGGGUGAACUGCUGAGGAUUGAUUUUGAUGAUGACGAGGAUGGGUUCUCUUCCGACAGUGAUUCUUCGUCUGGUAGCGCUGGGAGCUGCAGCAGUCAAGACUCUUAUUUCCGGACUCCUGUCCGGUCUCCUGAUUCCUCAUCAGACGAGGACGAGGACGCCAGCACAGAUCAAAGCCAUCGCUACCGACUGUCGGUUGGUCCUAUUACCGCCAGGAAGACGGCAUCGGCCGCAAUCAGAGCGACUGUAACGGGCCGGAAUCUGGAUGACGCGUUCCAAGAAGAACAUUUGGGACGCACGAGCGAUGAUCAUCGUGCCGAGGCAGAGAACCCACCACCACCCCAAGAACAACAACAGCAACCAGUACAAGCCACGAGGGAAUCGUCUUUGUCUGUCAGAAGCAAUGCUGGGGCCAAUACCGAAUUCCCAACACAACAGCAAGAAGCAGCAGCCAGAAGGGAGUCAUCUUCAUCCCAAAAUGACAGCAGCGAUGAUUCCGAGGCCGAGAUCCUCACACAACCACAGCAGCAAAAUGUCACCAGGAGGGAAUCCUCUUCAUUCGACGAUGGCAGGAGUAUCGUUGAGGCUGAGGCCAAGAUCCCACCACAACGAAAUCAACAAGAUGACAGGAGCAAUGAACCAUCUUCGUCUAACCAUGACAGCUUCAAUAAAGAUACUGAGACCCAGAUCCAGCCACAACCUCAUCGCCAAGACGAAGCCAGGAGGGAAGCAUCUUCAUCUGACAAUGACAGCAUCAAUGCUGCUGAUGCCGAGAUCCUGACUCAACCACAUCACCAAGAAGAAGACUGGGAAUCAUCGUCGUCUUGGGAUGACAGCAACAAUGCCGAGAUUUCGCCACACCUAAGCCACCGAGAAAUUGCCAGGAGAGAACCAUACAACAGCUUUGGUGGCAUGCAAUCUCUGACGGCCGCUCUCCAACUGAAUUUGGAGAGCAUCGAUAGUGACGACGUUGAGGAGGAGAAGGCUGUAGCCGCUGUACCAUCCAUGGACAUCUCAGACAUUGAAGAAGAAAAUGCUAUCCACAAACACUCAGAUGAUAACAACUGCUCAGACGAUAGCGAGGACGAUGCUUCAAACACGGCGAAGAAGAAGGCGCGGGCUUCUAACGAGCCAGAACGAAUGGACUGCGACGCUGACGAUUCAGAUGCACAACCGGAAGACAACGAAAAUGACAGCGUAGCGUCGCCUCCAGGGAACGAUUCGGCAGGCGAAGCGACGGUCAAUAGCAGCGGUGAGGACGCUCCAGAAUACCGGUGCGAUGACGAGGAGCAAGGUGGUAGCGAGAGUUCCGACGAAGAAGACGAGCCCCACGAGGCUGCAGAAGUUGGGGAAAUUCGGGAUGAAGAUGUUUUUCGAACCCCCGAAGCCGGUGAAUUGGUCAGCCGCCAAUGGAACUGCGAAGGGGCAUAUCGGGUUGGUGUUGCAUGCGGCAAGAAGAAGAAUCGAAAGACAAUCAAUAUUCGAUUCUUCGAUGGGUGGAAGCCAAAUGGAAAGCCUAGCAGCCAGCUCCUUCAAAGUACAAUUGACGAGGCAUCGUUUCGAUUAGGCUUGUUUCGUCCCAGACCAGAGCUGAAGCCCGAAUGUCGUUGCUUCGACAGAGAGCGAAACUCUCAUUGCAUCCUCAAAGCAAUCAAUAGGGCUUCUGGAUCUGUCCGAGUACAAUUCGACGGUGAAGAAGACGAAGAGGAGAUAUCCCCGGACUUUCGUGUACCGUAUUAGAGAGGGCAUCCAGUCCCACAACUGUGGCGGAGCAGUUGGAGUCAACUUCGUGUUCUGAAUCGCGGUGUUCUGAAUCACCGGACCAUCAAGGCGACGAUGUGACUGCGCCCGGCGGUGAUUCACAAGCACAGGUAUCUGUGACUUGCAGACCCAACGCCAAACGAGAUCGCGGGAACGCUGCAGAACAAAUGGAAACUGGAGUGGAGCCUCCCAAGAAGCGGACAAGGCUACCAACCCACAUCGGGUUGUGUGUGCACAACGAAGCUGAUUCUGAUGGAUACAGAUGGUACAUUCGGGGGCGACUCUGUCGUCACUCGGAAGACGAACCACCUCGUCUCAUCAAGGGAGAGUUUGUGAGAUACAGCCCUCAACAUGACUACAAAGAUCCUGGGGAACUGGAGAUCGAGCUCCAGGAGUUCAAUCGCUCAAGGAAUGCACCUCUCAUAGUGAGAUCACAAAAAGACAAGAAGGAGUCGACGCGGAGAAGAAAUGCAUGCAAAGCAAUUUCGAGACGAGGAAAAGGAGAGUAGAACCCGCGAAAGGUCCACUGCUGUUCGUUUCGCAUUCAGACCAGGUCAACCCGUUUUAUGUGCGGAAAUGUUGCGGAAGUUGCCACUCUGGUUCGACCGCCUGACGAAGGCGGAUUUGCGAGGGUAAAGAACAAGAUAUCCAUGGUCAAACCACAAGACAUCAGGCUCAUAGGUUUCAAGCCCCCACCAAUUGACCUCGAUGCAUUCUGGAGAGAGAUUGGCUCUGAGGUUCCGCGCCAAAGGUCUGACUUUACUCAAAGCCUCCAGAGUUUUUACUUCACAGCUGGCAAGAAGCGCUCGGCGAGGACAAUGCACGAGAAAAGUCGACGGAUUUCGAAAGGUAUGUUGAACAACGAACAAGGUUCCGCGAAAAAGUAAAUGCGUGUGCGUCGAUGGUGUCGCCUUACACUCGGCAAAGAAAGAUUGCGACAAAAAUCCCGCCUCCGGUCUGUUCGACAGGUCCGCGUGUUCGGAAACCCCCCUCUCUUGUGAUGGCAAUCUACCUGAACUGUGUGCUGGUUCGGUUGUCGACGGAAUGAGAAUGGUUCAUCCCGACAUGAAGAAAGCCCCAUGUCUUUUGAGGUCAAACCCGACAAGAGAUAAGUCGAUCUGGGAACAGAGCGAUAUUUACGUGAAGCGGUUACCGAAACCUCCAACGCCCGAAGAAGUGGAGAGAGCGAUGGGAUACCACGGAGACGAGGUCGGCGUGCCGGCAGAUAGUGCACGCAAAGCAAUUCCGAGCAUCUCAAGGCGCUCCUGGGGAGCCACUUUUUCAAGGGGAUUCUUAGGGUCAUUUGCACAACCCCGCAACGAAACGAGGCACCCAUCCUUGACACUAUCGUGACGUUCAAUGCGAUUGACCAGUGCGUGACGUUGUUGGAAGCACUUUUGUGAGAUGCCAGGAGGAGUUUCCACCAAUCGUUGACAGAGCGAACGAGGCAGCCCAAGAGUGAAUCCGUUCAUUGAUGAUGAUAGCUCCACAGGUCAAGCGGCGGGGGUUUCAAGAUAUCCAGGUGCUGCAGAUCAGAGCGGUUGGAAGGCUUGAAGCAAGCACGAAGCUUUCGCGGAUCAAGGAGCCACAGCUGCAAGGGAACAACGGGGAAGAAGAUUCUCUUAAACUUAUGUAUUAUGUAUACUACUGAUUGUAGAUUGAUAGACUUGUUAGUACUAGCGAAGCAGAUGUGUUGAAAGGAAAGGAAAUGCUGGAGGAUGAUGGUACUGAGUUGAUUCAAACUGGCCUGGAUCAGGACAGUGUGGUUGGCCUCUCACCUCGCCGUUCAAAGGGAGAUGCCUGACUUCUCUGAUGCCUCAUCUACGAUUCUGCUGGAGGCGUCACAGGAGAUUGGGACACUUGUAGUAGAAGCAGUGUAUGCUGUUGCUUUGGGUUGUACCCAGUAGGUAUCAAGGCUUCCUUUUCCUUUGGCUUCGAUUCCACCUUCACGGGGAGUGAGCCAAGCUCCUCUGUUGGCUGCCCUGAGGAGAUUUGCAGUCUCAGCAGAAACCUGGAUCAUGCCAGGAAGAGAGUUGCUUUCCAUGCGGGAAGCAGUGUUGACUAAAAUAGCAAGGAGUAGCAAGUGCGUGAGAUCAGAAAGUGAAAGUCAUUCUCUCACGAGCAAUGCCCCGUCACCAAGUCGCAUCGAACUUACCAGUGUCUCCAAAGAUUUGAUAGCGAGCUCUCUCUCCUCGGAGCACUCCAGCAGUUACAGGCCCACUGUGGAUGCCAACACGGAGUUUAAGCUGGGAAGUCUCUUCUCCAAGAUGCUCAACCAAGUCUGUUUGGGUCAACUGGGUCAUUUUUUCAACGCAAGCACCUGCAAACUUUACCAUGAUCACUGCAUGAUCUUUCUGCGGCUGUGGAAGGCCCGUGAUGCCCAAAUAGCAAUCUCCAAUCUGCAGUUACCAUCAAGAUAAAAUGAAAGCUGAGACACAGGCAACAAAAGAGAGAGAACGCUGCAGCUGCUUCUUACAGUUUCAACCUUGAAUACU